GAAUGGAAUGUCGCCAAAUCUAAUGUCUCUUUGGACGCCUCGACCGUCGACUUAGUCGUCUACAAAGACAUCUACUCGUCGGCCAACACAUCCAAUGGCGUCAAUAUUGAGGCGUUGACCGAAUCCCUGUAUUCGGUGACCAAAGACAAUGGAUUUGUUAUCGCACUCUUGCGAACUCAUUUCACACCCGCCGAGCGCUUUGUCUACAAAGUCGGUGAACUCAAUGUCCCGAACACUAAGGCCACAGAGUUUAUAACCAAAGCCGAAAAAGUUGGCUUCUCUGUGAUCAGCAAUCAGACCGAUUCGUUGACCUCAUCGGUGGUUGUCUUAAGAAAAGUGGUCACAAAACAAGCGGCCGACCAGACCAUUGUCAACGUGACCGCCUCUAAGUACGACUCGUGGGUCGAGACACUCAAGAGUAAGAUUCAAGAGCACCAAAACAAACAGAGCGGACAAAACGUGUGGCUCGUGGCCAACGACACGGUGUCCAACGGUGUGGUCGGACUCGUGAAAUGUCUGCGACAAGAGCCGGGAGGCGAUAAGAUUCGCUGCAUAUUCAACGCCAGCAAAACAGCCAAAGCCAGAGCCGAUUUCCCGCCGGUUGCUUUCGACAAAACCAUUUAUUCAGAUCUUCUCAAAAAAGAUCUCGUGAUGAAUGUCUACAGAGACGGCAAGUUUGGUUCGUUCAGACAUUUCGAUUUGAGUGACGACCGCCAGAACGAGUGCAUAGACACCGAACACGCGUACCUCAAUGUGACCACAAGAGGCGAUCUGUCGAGUCUGCGCUGGUAUGAGGCGCAGCACAAGUACUGGCAAUCGCUGCCCACCGCCCACAAGAACCCCAACGAAGUGUUGUGUAGUGUAUACUACGCUCCGCUUAACUUCCGCGACAUUAUGCUGGCGACCGGCAAACUGCCACCCGAUGCUCUGCCCGGCGAUAUGGCUCUUCAGGACUGCAUUCUGGGUCUGGAGUUCGCCGGACGCGACCAAACCGGGCGCCGAGUGAUGGGAAUGGUUGCCGCCAAGGGUUUGGCCACAACCAUCGUUGUCGACGAUCCGGAAUUCUUGUGGAAAAUCCCCGACAACUGGACAAUGGAAGAGGCGAGUACUGUACCCGUGGUUUACGCCACCGCUUACUACGCUCUGGUAGUCCGCGGAGGCCUUCAGAAGGGCGAGAGUGUAUUGAUUCACUCGGGAAGCGGUGGUGUCGGACAGGCGGCCAUCUCUAUCGCGCUGAGUAUGGGUUGUGAGGUCUACACCACGACUGGCGGCGAAGAGAAGAAAGCGUAUCUCAAGAAGGAGUUCCCGCAAUUGACUGACAAAAACUUUGCCAAUUCUCGUGACACCAGUUUUGAACAACACGUCCUCAGACAGACAGCCGGUCGCGGAGUGGAUGUCGUACUCAACUCACUGUCCGAAGAGAAACUGCAGGCCAGUGUCCGGUGUCUCGCACAACACGGAAGGUUCUUAGAGAUCGGCAAAUAUGACUUAUCGCAGAACAACCCAUUGGGAAUGUCUGCUUUCCUCAAGAAUAUCGCAUUCCACGGCAUUUUGUUGGACGCGUUGUUCGGCCCGUCUUCGUCUCACUCGCCCGGAAUUCAAGGUCAGAAGUUGGAGGUCGCGAAUCUCGUCUUGGAUGGCAUCAAAUCGGGUGCCGUCCGACCCCUCAAGCGAACCAUUUUCAACAAAAAUCAAGCCGAAGAGGCGUUCCGUUUCAUGGCUUCGGGUAAACACGUCGGUAAAGUGAUCCUUAAGAUCAGAGACGAAGAGUCGGCCAAAGUUGUGGCGCCCACUAAAUUGGUGGUCAAAGCUCUUCCCCGAACAGCACUUCAUCCGCUGAAGUCAUAUAUAGUGACCGGAGGUUUGGGUGGCUUUGGACUCGAACUCUCUCAUUGGUUGGUCGAAAGAGGCGCCCGAAAACUGGUGCUCACCUCCAGAAGCGGACCCCGAGAUGCUUACCAACACUUAUGCAUUAAACGUCUUCGUUCUCAUGGCGUUCACGUGAUUGUCUCGAAGGCCGACGCGUCCACACCUGAGGGCUCGACUCAACUCGUGAAGGAAGCGCUUUCGUUAGGACCGGUCNGUUCUGUCAUAUUCCUGCAGAAGAAGAGCGAAGCCAAGCGUAUAUACGCCACGAUUCUUCACGCAAAGACCAAUACCGAUGGCUAUAAAGACGAAGGCAUUACAUUCCCCUCCUCUCACUCCCAGAGUUCUCUUAUGUAUCAAACGCUCAAAGAGGCGAAAGUAGAUCCAAAUGAGAUCAAGUAUAUCGAGGCUCACGGAACGGGAACCGGUGUCGGCGAUCCGUCCGAAACCGGAGCCAUUGCCGAAGUCUUCUGCAAAGGGAACCGAAAGGAACCGCUACUUAUCGGAGGCGUUAAGUCGUGUUUAGGACAUUCCGAGCCCGCGUCCGGACUCAACUCAGUGGCCAAAGUAUUGGUGGCGUUUGAAAACAAAGUGAUUCCCGCGAAUCUUCACUUCAAUAAACCCAAUCCAAACAUUCCGGCCCUCAUUAACGGCCAAAUCAAACCCAUUGUGGAGAACACGCCAUUCGUGGACAGUAUAGUUCCGGUCAAUUCUUUCGGUUUUGGCGGAGUUAACGUUCAUAUACUGCUUAAACCGCAUUUACAAGAGCCCACAAAAGACAAUCAAAACAUAAUCGAAACCAUUCCUCGAGUUAUUCCCGUUUGCGGCCGAACUGAGGAAAGUGUGAACAAUAUAUUUGAUUUCUUGGAACAGAAUCCCAAGAAACUGACCCGCGAUCUGUUGGCACUGCUGUACGACAUGUCACAGACCACUGACUCUUCGGGAAUGAAUUAUCGCGGAUUCCUUUUGGCCAAAAAGAGCGACGAAGAGAACGCCCUGUCCUUCACUCGGGAAGUGACUCGCGUUCAGGAGAAGAGACCGCUUUGGUUCGUCUUCUCAGGUAUGGGAAGUCAAUGGACAGCAAUGGCUAAGGGAAUGAUGUCUUUGGAUGUGUUUAACAAAUCCAUUCAAAAAUCGGCGCAAACAUUGAAACCACUCGGAGUUGAUUUACUUCAUCUGCUGCUCAGCGACGACGAGUCGGCACUCGAGACAACUGUCGCCCCAUUUGUGGCCAUCGCUGCCGUACAGAUAGCGCUCGUGGACUUCCUGAAGGAGAUGGAGAUCGUUCCCGACGGCAUUGUUGGCCAUUCAGUCGGUGAGUUGGGCUGUGCCUACGGAGACGGUAUAGCGCUCGUGGACUUCCUGAAGGAGAUGGAGAUCGUUCCCGACGGCAUUGUUGGCCAUUCAGUCGGUGAGUUGGGCUGUGCCUACGGAGACGGUGUGUUCAACGCCGAGCAGAUGCUGUUAGCGGCCUAUUGGAGAGGGAAGUGCGUGGAAGAGGCGAAACUGCCGCGCGGUUUGAUGGCCGCCGUCGGCCUGACCUGGGAAGAGGCCAAACGCCGCUGUCCUAAGGGUGUUGUGCCCGCGUGUCAUAACUCGGAGGACUCGGUCACCAUUUCCGGCGCCUACGAACCGACCCAAAAGUUUUUGGAGGAAUUGCGCGCCGAGAAUAUCUUCGCCCGCGAAGUGAAGAGCUCUGGCGUUUCGUUUCACAGUUAUUUCAUGGAAGCGAUUGCGCCGACACUUCUCGAGAAACUCAAGAAAGUGAUCCCCGAAUCAAAGCUCCGAAGCAGCCGAUGGGUCAGCUCAUCGGUUCCAGAGGCCCGUUGGGGCGAAGAGUUGGCUAAAUAUUCAGCGCCCGCUUACUAUGUAAACAACUUGACAUCACCGGUACUGUUCCAGGAGGCCAUACAACACGUGCCCAAGAACUCGAUUGUCAUCGAAAUAGCGCCGCACUGUUUGCUUCAGGCGAUACUCAAGCGUAGUCUCGGAUCCGAUAUCUCAUACGUGGGUCUUAUGAAGCGUAAUAACAACGCCUCAAACCUAGAUAUGGCGCUAUCGGCCAUCGGAAAGCUAUACGAGUUGGGACUCAACCCACGUCUCGACAAACUGUACCCCAAAGUGCAAUACCCGGUGUCGCGCGGAACCCAAUCGAUCAGUCCAAUGGUUCGUUGGGAUCACUCGCAGAACUGGUUGGUCACACUGUAUCCCGAGUUCUUCAAUCCCAGCAGUUCUUCCGAUUACACCAUUAAAGUGGAUCUCCAGGAGAAGGCCGACGAGUACUACGCCGGCCAUUGCAUCGACGGUCGCGUCCUAUUCCCGGCCACCGGGUAUCUGAUGCUCGCGUGGCAGAUGUUGGCCAAAAUGAAGGGCCAAUUCUGGGAUAAAUUGCCCGUCGAGUUCGAGAACGUGACCCUUCAUAGGGCGACCAUUCUUCCAAAACAGGGACAAACAAAGUUUAUCAUCCGAAUGAUGGACAGCAGCGGCGAGUUCUCUGUCAGCGAAGGCGGCACUAUUGCCGUCACCGGUAAGAUCACUGUUCCCGAAGACGUUGAGCUCAGUCUACAGCAACUGUUGACCGACGGCUCGGUUCCCAAUGAGAAUCCACUGAAAUUAGAGCCCAAAGACAUCUACAAAGAGCUGCGAAUCCGUGGUUACGAUUACGGACCGACAUUCCAGGGACUGACCGAAGCCACUGCUGACGGACGUCAGGGAAAGAUUAAAUACACGGGAAGUUGGGUGGCGUUCGCCGACGCUAUGUUGCAGUUGGGAAUUCUGGGCAAAACCACUCGCGGUCUGUACCUUCCGGUGCGCUUCCAGUCGAUCCGAUGCGACCCACGAGUCCUAUUGGAAGCGGUCGAAGCGGCUGGAGAUGAGCCUCAAUUGCCAGUGGUUUGCGAUCCGCGAAUCAACGUUUGCAUCGCUCAGGGAUUGGAAAUCCGUGGUCUGAAAGUGAAUUUAGCGCCGCGAAGACAGGGCGCACAGAAUCCCGCGCUCGAGAAAUACACUUUUGUCUCAUAUAAUAAGGAUAAGUCUCUCGACGAACGCGAGGCACACGAUCUGAACGAAUACAUUGAGGUCUGCUCUUCGUUGGCCCGCAAAGUGUUG